AUGCCCGUGGAACGGCCCGACGCAGUUCGCCUCGCCGCUCGUCCCCCCUUCCCCUCUGCCUCUUGCGCCAAAGGCGAGCCUCCCCCUCCCACCCCCGUCCUGAGAAUGGUACGACCCCGCCCCGCCCCUGGGCGGGCGGAAAGGAGAGGUGGAGGCGGGGGGAGGGAGGGAAGAGCCGGCUGCGACCUUCCGCCUGGCGGCGGAGCCAUGGCGGCCUGUUCCUUUCGGAGGAGCAUCGCUUCGCAGCUUUCAAAGGUUUUGGAUCUGCCACCAGAAAACUUAAUAAAGUCUAUAUCUGCAGUUCCUGUCUCCAAAAAACGGCAUGUUGCUGAUUUCCAGCUUUCCAUUGCUUCUGUAACAGAAGACAGUUCUAGUGAUUGCUUAGCACAAGAUCUUAAUCUUCAAGCUCAGAAGCUAGCUGAAAGGCUAAAAUGUGAUGCUGUAGUGAGUGAAAUCAGUGCUGGUCCAGGAACAGUGAACUUUACGAUAAACAGGGAAUUAUUAGCAAAGACGGUGUUACAGCAGGUGUUGAAGGAUGGCUCAGAGUAUGGAGUAAAAAGUGAACUUUUCUCUACAGUACCCAAACAAAAGGCAGUGAUUGAGUUCAGCUCCCCUAAUGUUGCCAAAAAGUUUCACAUAGGACAUUUGCGUUCCACAAUAGUAGGGAAUUUUAUAGCAAAUCUGAAGGUUGCACUUGGACAUGAAGUAGUAAGAAUAAAUUACCUUGGUGACUGGGGCAUGCAGUUUGGCUUAUUGGGUGCUGGUUUCCAACUCUUUGGCAACAAAGAAAAGCUAAAAUCCAGUCCUUUACAACACCUUUUUGAGGUGUAUGUGCAAAUUAACAAAGAAGCAGAAGAUGAAAACACAAAAAAGCUGGCUAAGGAUUUCUUUAGAAAACUGGAGGAACAUGAUGAGCAGACAUUGUCACUUUGGAAACAAUUUAGAGACUUCAGUAUUGAAGAAUACAUCCGAAUUUAUAAGCGUCUAGGAGUGCACUUUGAUGAAUAUUCCGGAGAAUCAUUUUACCAAGAGAAGUCCCAGGAAGUUCUAAAGAUGUUGGAGAAUAAAGGACUUCUUCAGAAAACAAUAAAAGGAACAGGAAUUGUGGAUCUUUCGGAAAAGAAAGAUCUCUCAUCGUUUUCCACCGUCAUGCGUAGUGAUGGGACAUCUCUUUAUAUAACAAGAGAUCUUGCUGCUGCUGUAGACCGAAUGAAUAAGCAUAGAUGUGAUACUAUGAUUUAUGUGACAGAUAAAAGUCAAAGUAAUCACUUUCAACAUUUGUUCCAAAUACUGAAGCUCAUGGGUUAUGACUGGGCAGAAAGGUGCCAGCAUGUGUCUUUUGGUCGAGUUCAAGGGAUGAAGACUCGGAGAGGAGAAGUAAUUUUCCUGGAAGAUGUUUUAAAUGAAGUUCGCGCGAGGAUGUUACAAAACAUGGCUUCCACAAAAACAACCAAAGAGAUAGAAGACCCUAUGGAGACAGCAGAGAAGGUUGGUCUUGCGGCACUCAUAAUUCAGGACUUCCGGGGCCUUCUGUCAUCUGAUUAUCAGUUUAGCUGGGAUCGAGCCCUUCAAAGUCAUGGCGAUACAGGCGUGUUCUUGCAGUACACCCAUGCCAGGCUCCAUAGUUUAGAACAGAUACAUGGGAAUGAGAAGGUAACUGACGUUAAUGUGGCGUGCUUGCAAGAGCCGGGUGCCAUCUCUGUUCUUCAGCAUCUUCUCAGGUACGAUGAGGUCCUGUAUAGAUCUUCUCAGGAUCUGCAACCCAAGCACAUUGUCAGCUACCUCCUCACACUUAGCCAUCUUGCAGCCGUGGCACAUAAAACCCUUCCCGUGAAAGGCAGCGGCCCUGACCUGGCCCAGGCAAGGCUCUGCCUCUUUCAAGCUGCACGCUCGGUUCUAGCCAACGGAAUGAAACUUCUGGGCAUUACACCUGUAACUCAAAUGUAACGGAGACCCGUGCGCGGUAUAAAGUCACGUCUCUUAGUAAAAGGAGAUUUUUCAAGGUAA